AUGGGCAUAAUCGACGAACAGCGCAGUCUCUGCGAAGAUCUUGAGCGCCUUGAGCAAGCAUGCGCCGACCGCAGUCUCGAGGAACCGAAAACUAUCAGAGAGCGAUUGUUGCGUGAUCAUCAGAUCGCAAAAUUUGUGGACCGCUUCCAGCAGCAGAGUUCUAGACUAUUAGAUAUCCAAGCCGACGCUGACGGUGUACGACAAAAAGAAAUAGACUCCCUCUCCGCCAAAGACCCCUUCGAUGAAUUCUACAAACAACUCUCGCAAAUCAAAGACUUCCAUCGACGCUACCCCAAUGAACCCGUCGAGAACCUCGAGCGCGCCUACAAGCGCCGUCCCGCCGUCGCCGACGGUGAGUUCGUCUCGGCAAGCGAAAUCGACACCAUGUUUACCGGUGAGGAGAGUAACGGGCGGUUCUUUGACCUGACGCGCAGCCACGAGGAGUACCUCAACCUGCCGGGAGUCAAGAAGCGCACGACGUAUCUGCAAUACCUUGGGCUAUUUGAUAAAUUUGACCGCUUUGUUAGGGCACAGAAGAUGAACGAUCGGUACUUUUCGCAUGUCAAUGGGCUGGCAGAAUAUUUAGAGAGCUUUUUAGCAAGGACGAAGCCCCUCCAAAACCCUGAGGGGAUUGUUAAAAACAUCGAGGAGGAGUUUGAGAAGGCCUGGAAAGAGGAUAACGUUCCUGGGUGGGGAAAGCUUGCGCCGGUUGAGGGGUCCACAGAGGUUGUCGGGCCCCAGAAGGAAGAGGCCAAAAAAGAAGAGUUCUGGUGUGCGCCUUGUGGGAAGGGCUUCGGGAACAAAAACGUUUACGACCACCAUUUUGACUCGAAGAAACACAAGAAGGCAGUUGCAAGGCAACAGGAAUCCGGUACCAGAGUGGAGCUAGAAGUCCGAGGUCCUGGCGGCCAGGAGAGUCUUGCGAGGUUGAAAGAUAAGGCGAUAGCAGAGAGAGAAUGGAGGGUUAGGGCGCUUACUGAGCUGAUGAAGACGGAAAGAGAGGGUACAAUGACGAACGUAGAGCGAAAACAAUCGCUUACUGAGAGAGAACGACGGAUGGAGCUUGAAGCACAUUACCAAGAGAACUCAGCAGAUCCAAAUGCUGAGGCCGGAGAUGCCUCAGAUGACGAUGACGAUGAUGAGAAGAUCUAUAAUCCUCUCAAGCUACCUCUAGCCUGGGACGGUAAACCAAUUCCGUACUGGUUAUAUAAGUUGCACGGUUUGGGUGUCGAAUUUCCUUGCGAGAUUUGCGGAAACUUUGUAUACAUGGGCCGACGGGCGUUCGACAAGCACUUUAACGAGCACCGACACACAUAUGGACUGCGAUGUUUGGGAAUUACAAACACAACGUUGUUCCGUGAAAUCACUAAAAUCGAUGAGGCUCAACGACUAUGGGAGAAAUUAGAAGGUGAUAAAAAGAAGAAGAAACAAGCGAACGAAACGGUAGAGGAGAUGGAGGAUGGACAAGGAAAUGUUAUGCCUAGAAAGGUUUACGAGGAUUUACAAAAGCAGGGCUUACUUUAG